GAAGAACAUGACGAUGACUACGCCACCCUACGCCCAACCCUUAGGGUAUCAACAGGCCUCCCAGUACAACGCCCCUGGCUAUGGCUUCCCGCCCAUGUACCCCCAUGGCUCCUACGGCUACCAAAUGGGCCCUUACACCCCCGUGCAAUGCCCGUCGCCUCCCAGAGACGAUGCAUGGUACAAGCAUUACAAACACGAGCUGGACGGAGUGCGAGUCAACGGGAAGGGCAAAAAGAUGAGAAAACCGAGGACCAUCUACUCCUCCCUUCAGCUUCAGCACCUUAAUAAGAUAUUCCAGAGGACUCAAUACCUGUCGUUACCGGAAAGAGCGGAGUUGGCGGCUUCGUUGGGACUCACGCAAACCCAGAUCAAAAUAUGGUUCCAAAACAGGCGGAGCAAAUACAAGAAGCUGAUGAAGGCAGCCCAGAGCGGCAGCGGACCAAGUACGCCAAUGGGCGCCCCAAUCACUCCGGGCUCACCUUUGGGAGGCUCGCCGCUCGAGGGCGCCUCUCCUCUGGGUCAGCCCUUGCCUUCUUCAACUCCUCAGAGCAUUUCGCCAGCGCCGCCCACAGCCCAAAGUCCGCCCAGUUCCAACCCGUACACGAGCAUGGCGUCCGUCUCCGCUAGUACCUCACACGGACCGUCGUCUCAGGGUCCCUCUUCUUCAGGACCCCAGCAGCAGUCCUCACAGCAGCAGUCGCAGCAGACAUCCCAGCAGCAGCAGCAGCAGCAGGGAGGCCACACCCCUUCCUCACAAUCCACCAGCGGCGUCUCUGAUCACCUGCCUCCAUCCCUCGCUGGAGCGCUGCCCCCGGCAGCCGCCUCUUCUCCAAGCUUAGCUGCUGCAGCCCACCACUGGGGGGACAUGAAGCCUCCGGUGUCUGCCCCUUACAUGUAUUCUUGGUACGCUGCUGACACUCAGCACAACCUCCUCACCUAAGGCAGUCGAGGGGUUGCAAACACCUGGAUAAUCUUCCACGAUCUACGAAGCUGAUUUUUUGCUUUUUUUCUCUCUCAAUGGUUAACUUUCUGUUAUCUUCCUUCCUAUCAUUCCUUGCUUUCAACUUUUUUUUUCUUUUUUACUAAUUGAGAAACUUCUGGGUAACUCUUGUCUUCAAGUUCUUACGCCUACCUAACCAACAAUUUCUCAAAACAUUCCAUUUUUUUUUACUGAAAUAAAAGCAUACACAUGACUGCUGCAGCUUGGACUGCUGUUAAACAGGUAGAGGAUACAUAGAUUUCCGAUGUAGCAGCAAUGCUGUAAUGCUGCGUGAACAAUAUUCACAGCAGCAUCCAGUGUAGCCACGCCAUGGCUAAAGGAGAUACCAACUUCAGUUCAUUUAUAGUAAUGCAUUACAAAACCUUACCUUACACGAUUCAUAGAUGCUACUGCAGUACCAUUUCCCAAGGUGAUUUGCCCAUAAACUUGCAACAACGACAUCAUCAGAAACACCUCGAGUUCAUCGUCAUGCCCAAGCCAGCAGUGUUCGUUUAGCGCUCUCACCCCUAACAAUUGGAUACAUCAUCAUCUGACCCCAGCAAAGGAUACCAGAAGUAGCAGACAGACGUGUGUUUGGCCGAGUUGACAGUUGCCACACAGUUAUGUUAUCCACUCAGCAAUAGGCUGUACGUCACCAGUAACUUGUAGUUCUCAUAUCCCCAGCUCUGCAAGUUGGUUAGGCAACAUUAUCUCAGUAAUGUCUGGCCUUGUCGAGGUGUACCUGGAUACUAGCUUCGGCUGGGAAGUCUCAAUAUUACCAAAGAUUUUUGUUGUAUUGUACUUAAGUCACUUCCCACCAGAAGCGGAACCGUAUCGGCACUUUUUAAUGUGUAGAAGCCUACAAUCUUGUGGAAAUCGGAUGUCUCACUCACAGAAUGUUCGAGAACAAAUUGUGCACUGAUAGAUUUGUAAUUCACCCCCCAAAAUAUUGUGAUGAAUGUUCUGUACUCCCCAUGAAAAAAAGACGGUAAUAGAAAAAAAAAAUCAUGGAUUGUAAGACAAAUUUGAUUUUUUCAUGAAAACUAAAAAAAAAAUAAAGAAAAAAAGUGAAGUGCGGUGAUUUGAGUAUUUCAAAGACAUGGUCAGGAAGACAUGCAAUAAACUUGUGCUUCUUAUCAAACUUGUGCUGAUAGAGUUGGAAUGUUAUGACUGUACUGUGGUCAAGAGCUUCUAGAUAAAAAAAAAUUACACUAAUGUUAUACGAAAGGAAGUGCAGCAGAAAGUGCAUAUCAUUAUUCUACUGUGGUGCGUACAAAAGGUGUUCUUUUAUAAGUAGCUUAGACUGCAGGAUCUGUACUGAGCGUCAAGCAUUUGCAAAACAUUUUGACUAAAAUAGUGUAUUUUUUAUUCUCUUGUGUAAACCAAUAGCCUUCAUGAGUUUAGUUAUGAAGAUGAUGAGUGAAAUCUAAAAACAAAAACACACAAAAAAAGGAGAAAAAAAAGCAUUUUAGCAUUUUUCGUAAUAAGGAGUACUAUUUCUAAUGUUUCAAUGUCAGCCAAAUUCUAGCAUUAAUUAAAAGAAUGAUCGGAGAUGCCAGUUAGACAGUUAUGCUGAGACUAAUUCGCUCAGAGCGCAGCAGGUCAGAAGUAACAGAGGCGGCUUCGGGCUUCAACUUUAGCCAGGACCUCUUUAGUACACAGCCUUAAACGUUGGUAGUUGACUCCACCAAAUCGUCGUAACUUGAACAGAAAGAUUCUCCGGAAACCGAUUUCCAGACUCACGUUGAACAAUAAUAUAUAUAAUCAGAGCCAUUGAGCCAUCGACUUACUUCUGGCCUUCUGUAACUAUUGGUGAUUAGGGAACUUCCCUAUCCGUACUUGAUAAGGAUGCCCUAAUAAACGAUGAUCCCCAUAAUUAUGUAUUACAGUUAAAUAAGGAUACUCUAAGAAAUGGUGUUGUCCAUUACAUGAAGAUUCCCAUUAAUGACUUCUAACCUACAUUGAAACCAUUAAAUAAUGUACGACGUCCUCAUUAUUUAGUGAGCCCCUUUUAUCGACAUUCAUCCCGAAGACACUUCUUAAUACGAUAAGGAUCUUGAUAAAUGCGAACGAGGAUUCAACGUGUCCGUUUUCUUUUUCGUCCAAUUACGCUUGAACGCGCUUCGGUAGCGACCUCCCCCCCCUUUCCCCACAAAACUGACCUCUUGAUAUUUCACCGUGACAGCUGAAAUAGGGAACUUUUUGUGUGUGUGUGACGAUGCUAAUUGGUUUUUGAGUGUCCACAUGAUGUAGAUGAUAGAUUAUUUUUCUAGUUUUCGAUUUUAGAAAAUAUAUAGUCAGACAUGAUUUGAAUACAAUUAUAUCCCCUUCCCAGCAGCUAUACCCCGGGAUGUAUGAUAGCGACCCGAAAGACUUUUAGUCAUUCAUUAAUUUAUCCAAUUUUCUAAUUUUUUUUUUUUUAAGAUUCAAAUUCCGUCAUAGAUUACAUACAAGUAUCUCCCCUCCCUUCAAAACCCUCACUUUCCUCCCAGCAACCGCCCCCCACACAAAGGUCUUGCCUAAACAGAUGUAAGUUCACGUCUGAUUUUCGACUAUUUUAGGAGACCUCGAUCAAUCAAUGAAGUCUCAGUUUGGUUAAAGAUAAGCGGACCUAGGACCUACCAGUAUCUGGCGGGUGAGAGCUAUCAAAGUAUCUACCUAUAGCCAGGGUGUUCAGGACUAGACGGAGAGAUGCAACAGCUCUACAUAGAUAACGAAAACCAAAAUGAAAAAAUGUGAUUUCCAUUAAAUAUAAACCAACAAACACACCAACGUAGUCUCCUCAAGUCAUGUCAGUGUCAGAUCACGAAAGUUCGUGAAAAUUUUAAAUCAGAUAACAUUUAUUUUAUUUUUCUUCAAAAAAAAAAAAAAAAAAAAAAAAAACUUGUUCUGGUGGCUGUAUUUUCAUUCUGUUCAGGUUCGGGUGUUGGAACGCCAUGAAAUAUAUAGGAGGGAUAUUUGCAUUAUUUUGUAAAAGUGAAUAUAAACGCCAGUCCUUACAAGGAACUAAGGAGAGCAUGAAGAAGACUCAACCAUAUGAUUUGUAUUUUUCGAAAUACGCGUCUAAAAGAAAAGAGAAAAAAAAUCAAGUCAUGCUCUCGUGUCUUUUGUUCAUAAAAGAUUUUCAUGAACAUUAAAUAUUUUUUUCUCGAAUUUCUGGAAGUAUAUAAUUCCAUUUAUAUUCCGCCAGGAUUCGUUUCAAGCUUUGCAGAAGUUCGUCUCUAUGAUUGUUGGAUUAUGAGAGUGCGUAAGAAAAAGAAAAGAAUUACAGAAGCUACAUUUCUACAUGAUAUUGUGAAAAGAGGAGUAACAGAAGCCACAUUUCUACACAAUAUUGUAAAAAGACGAAUAACAGAAGCCACAUUUCUACACAAUAUUGGCGAAAAAUUUAAUUUUUAAUGCAAUAAAUGCUUAUAAGAUUCUACUCUCGUAGGUCGAAAGCUUACAAUUAACCAAAUUUUUUCCUAAAAGGAGGCUCACCUCAUUCAUUUGUAAUUCAAGUUUGUCAUACAAUUCACUUAACUUGUCGUUGACGCAUUUCAAGUUAUCAUGGAGCAGGAAUCAUGUUAUGCAGUUGAUAAAUACAUACUUACAUACAUACACACGCACCCAUAUACAGUAGUAUAUAAAUGUGUGUGGAUAACUGAAUCACGAAAGUUUGGAACGUGAUAAAUGCAUAAAUAAAGGUAUAAGCCACGAAGGGAAGUGAAACACUGGAAUAGCUGCAAGAUCUUUCGACUCAACUAAGUAAAGGAGAUUGAGUCGAAAGAUCUUGCAGCUGCCCCGUGUUUCUCUUUCCUUCGUGGCUUAUACCUUUAUCCAUAUAUGUGUGUGUAUGCAUGAGCAAGCAUUAUGUAUCCGGCUAUUUGUUGCAUCCUCCGUCGAAGUCCUCCGACCAGUAGAAUAAAUAAAGUAGAUAGUUUUGUUGAAGGAUGAUUCAUUCACUAUUUUUAAAAAAAUUCAAAGCAUGAUGAUUUUGUCGCUGUCUUCUUCUUCUUCUUCUUCUUCUUCUUCUCCUCAUGACACGUUGGAAACCCUCAUGGCAAUCUCUCCGAGUCGUCAUCAGCUCUUAUUAUUUUCUAUUUUCCUCUUCUUUUUUUAUAUAUAUUUGUUGAAAUAAGAAGGAAACCCGUCCCUGGCAAAGAGACGCUUCGCGCCGGCCAUCUUCGUCGAGUUAGAUAUCGAGAUUAAACUUUCGCUAAUCGUCCCCCGAAUGUAGCCAUAAAACGACUGCUGACCUUUCCCUCCUCCAAUAUUUGUGAGCCAGGUUAAUGACGGUUUAACGUAGCCACCCCCUUACCCCUUACCCCCUCACCCUCAUCCCUCUGUUCCCCCAAAUCUCCUCAUCACAACGAAAUAAAAUAAAGAGUGAGCAAAUAGACUAAAGCUGGCGAGAAGCGAGUUCUUCGUUUCCAGGACGAGCUUUCCGUGUCGCGAAUUGCGUGACGAGAGAGAGAGAGAGAGAGAGAGAGAGAGAGAGAGAGAGAGAGAGAGAGA